UUCCCCCCCCUGUUUGUUUUUGUUUGUUUGUCCUGGAGCUGGUCUCCCUCUUAAUCUUCUAAUACCAUAUCUCGUCCUCACUUACACAAACCCUCUACCUGUCAACUACACCAUCAACCAUCUCAGUUGCCGGUCAGCUUGAGACGAGAUAAUUUUUAACACUGAACCAUUUUUUGCAUUUUCACCAUCACGACACUCUAAUUGAUACCCCUUUCCCCUAAAAACAGAACUGUGGAUUUUACUUGCUCGCUGGCGAUCAACACCCAAUCUUUACCAAUCUUUUGCUCACAGAAUCACAUUGAACCUCCUACAAGCAUCUCCCUAAUCACAACAACUUAAUUCACAUCAAAUCAACAUGUCUGCUGUUCAACUGUCAUUCUCUCUCCGCGUCUCCUCUGGCGUCAAGACCGUCCACCUCCUCGGCUCUUGGGACAACUACGUCGGCCAGCUCCCCCUUGCCAAGGACAAGACCUCCAAGUCCGGCACGUGGAAGGGCACCUUCAGAUUCCAGAACUCGACCCUCGAGGCUGGCAAGCGAUACUGGUACUACUACAUCAUCGACGGCUACCACAUCGCCCACAACCCCUCUGUUGAGUCCACCACCGAGCCCACCACUGGCCGCGAGCUCAACAUCCUCGACGUCACCGAGUCCCACAAGUCAGGCAGCAAGAGCUCUUCCAGGCACUCGUCGUCCAAGGACAAGUCCUCCCGCCACCGCGCUUCCCUCACCGUCGACAUCCCCAAGGGCCGCCCCCUGUCCGUCUCCCAGAUCAAGGCCCCCAAGCCCAUGUCCCCCCACGCCACCAAGCACAUCCUCGAGUCCGACUACUACGGCAACGAGGAGCUCGAGGAGCUCACUGCCCGCUUCGGCAGCACCGGCCUCGACGAGGACGUCCUCACCGACUUCAGCACCUCCCCCGUCUCGUCCAACGGCUCCAGCCUCUCGUACCGCUCCGACAGCUCCUCUCCCAGCUCCUCGCUCUCGGGCUACAGCACCCCCAGCUCCGACUGCAGCUCGUGCACCUGCGAGCGCUACGGCAUCACCCGCAAGGGCGAGCGUGUCAAGAUCGACUGCGGCGGCUCCCGGUGCGGCUACGACGACAGCUCCUCCUGCGCGAGCGACGUCAGCGACGACGAGGAGUACGACUACGAGGUCUCUCCCCAAGCUUCCCGCCGCAACGGAAUCAUUGUUGCGUGAGCGACUAGGACCCCAUGCCUUGAUGAUAAUGACGAUAUGAGGAGGCUCGUUCCGGAGAAGAACGUCGCCGACAUGUUUUAUUCCCACCCCACGACAGUUCGGGCAAUUUGCAUCAUGAUCCUGCAACGCCUGCUUCUGUCUGGUGAAACACACAUUAAUGUUGUUGUGUGGUAAUGUAUAUACAAGCACAUUCUCUUGCUUCUAUAUCAUCCCUUCCCCACCGCGUCACACCCCCCAGAGCUGCCCGCAGCGCACAAGCUGGUCUUGAAUGCUGCCUGUCUCUGAUUAAGGGGACGCGUGUGAUGACCAUUGGGUCGAUGCUGCGGCCCCUCGCGAGUGGUCCCUCCCACUGCGCGAGUAGUUGAUUCUUGAGCCCUUUCAGUAAGAGUCGGACCAGUGGCGGUACCUGUCCGCGUCCUUCCCUUGCUAUUUCAGCCAAGACCGGAGUGUCCUCUCCCUCUUCUCGUAGUAAGAUACAGAGGGGGGAAAGAGGAUAUCCAGCUCCGCAACCGUCAAGACGAUGGAUGUGGCUCGGAUCAGGUUCAUGUCAAAUGAUCCGGGCUAGCCAUGACAGAAUUCUGUGGAUGAGGGGGACGAUUUGGCAGAUGGCUAAGGAAUACUGCCGUGUUAGAUACUCGAUAGACGACUCUUUGAAUCUACGGUUCUGACUGAUGAGGAAUG